CCGGGGCGGAGCUGCCGCCCCAAAUGAGGUGCGAUUUCACCUUUGGGCUCGUUUUCCCGGAGCGCCACUGGAAUUACGGCCGUCCCGGUCCCCGCUCAUGGCUCUGCGCUCCGCCGGUGGUCCCCGCUCCCAGCCCCGACGUGGAACGGCCGCAUUCCCCCUGUAAAAUGCGGGCAGCGGGAUCUCCGCGCGGGCGGCGGGAGCCCCUGUUACGCCUGUCGGAGUUGAGCACGGAGGGAGGUGAAACAGCCACCUGAACGCGGAGAAACACCCGAACCCACAACAAGUAGUCUCGCCUGGCAGAAGCCGCUGUCGCUGCUCCGGCAAAGGCAGAGGCUCGUUCCCCACGGACCUGCCGGCGACCGGCUGCCCCCCGCCCAGCGACCGGCGCGCCCCCCUCCCGAUCCGCGCCGCCGCCUCCCGCGCUCUCCCCAGUCAUGUCCCACCCGGAGCGAUGGGGAAGCUCGAGGACAACGAGAGGGUGAUCCUCAACGUGGGAGGCACGCGGCACGAGACCUACCGCAGCACCCUGAAGACCCUGCCGGGGACCCGCCUGGCCCUGCUCGCCUGCGAGUCCCAGAGCGAGUCCCCGGGCGGCGAGGAGCCGCCGCCGCCCCCCAAUCCGCCGCUGCCUCCGGCGGGCGGCUGCCCGGAGCCCGGCAGCGGCUGCAGCCCCCGGGGCAGCGGCGGCGCCAGCGAGUUUUUCUUCGACCGGCACCCGGGGGUCUUCGCUUAUGUGCUCAACUACUACCGCACCGGCAAGCUGCACUGCCCCGCCGACGUCUGCGGGCCGCUCUUCGAGGAGGAGCUGGCCUUCUGGGGCAUCGACGAGACCGACGUGGAGCCCUGCUGCUGGAUGACCUACCGCCAGCACCGCGACGCCGAGGAGGCCCUCGACAUCUUCGAGGCACCCGACCUGCUGACAGGCGAGCCGCCCCUCGACGGCGACGACGACGACUUGGCCGCCAAGAGAUUGGGCAUCGAGGACGUGGGGGCGGCCGCCGAGGGCAAGGGCGGGCGCUGGCGGCGGCUGCAGCCCCGCGUGUGGGCGCUCUUCGAGGACCCCUACUCGUCCCGCGCCGCCAGGUUCAUCGCUUUUGCCUCUUUAUUCUUCAUCUUAGUUUCAAUCACAACCUUCUGCCUGGAAACACAUGAGGCUUUCAACACUAUUAUAAACAAAACUGAGCAGGUCAUCAACGGGACAGAAGCUGUGUUACAGUAUGAGAUUGAGACAGAUCCUGCGCUGACAUACGUGGAAGGAGUCUGCGUGGUAUGGUUUACAUUUGAAUUUUUAGUACGUGUUAUUUUUUCUCCCAACAAACUUGAAUUCGUCAAAAACCUCUUGAAUAUCAUUGACUUUGUGGCCAUCCUGCCCUUUUACCUAGAAGUGGGCUUGAGUGGGCUCUCCUCCAAAGCUGCUAAGGACGUGCUUGGUUUCCUCAGGGUGGUAAGGUUCGUCAGGAUCCUCCGGAUUUUCAAGCUCACCCGGCACUUUGUGGGCCUCAGGGUGCUGGGCCACACUCUGCGAGCCAGCACCAAUGAAUUUCUGCUGCUGAUAAUAUUCCUGGCACUUGGUGUAUUGAUAUUUGCCACUAUGAUCUACUACGCAGAGCGGGUGGGAGCCCAGCCUAAUGACCCGUCAGCGAGUGAACACACACAGUUCAAAAACAUCCCCAUCGGCUUCUGGUGGGCUGUAGUCACCAUGACCACCCUGGGAUAUGGGGAUAUGUAUCCACGGACUUGGUCAGGCAUGCUGGUGGGAGCCCUGUGUGCCCUGGCGGGAGUGCUCACCAUAGCCAUGCCCGUGCCUGUGAUAGUUAACAAUUUUGGGAUGUACUACUCCCUGGCCAUGGCAAAGCAGAAACUGCCAAGGAAGCGAAAGAAGCACAUCCCUCCUGCUCCUCAAGCCAGCUCACCCACCUUCUGCAAGACAGACUUGAACAUGGCCUGCAAUAGCACGCAGGGUGACAUCUGCCUGGGCAAGGACAACCAGCUGAUGGAACACAACAGAUCAUCAGUGUUAUCAGGUGAAGACAGUGCAGGAAGUGAGCAGCCACUCUCACCUGGUGAAAGGCUCCCUCCCAUCAGACGUUCUAGUACAAGAGACAAAAACAGAAGAGGGGGAACAUGUUUCCUACUGACAACAGGUGAUUACACGUGUGCUACUGAUGGAGGGAUCAGGAAAGGCUAUGAAAAAUCCCGAAGCCUAAACAACAUAGCUGGCUUGACAGGCAAUGCUCUGCGACUGUCUCCAGUAACAUCACCCUACAGCUCACCUUGUCCUCUAAGGCGCUCUCGGUCUCCCAUCCCUUCCAUCUUGUAAACCAGAUGGCGUCAAUCGGCUACAUAGCAUUAAAUCAAAUACUGUUUACCACAUCUUGGAAAUAAAUGUAGCAUUAAGCAUAGGCUCCACAAAUAUGGUCUAAUUCCUGCAUGAUACAACUGUCAGUAGUAAGAAAAACCACUUGGGUACCUGAAGAUUUUUGUCUUGGCUUUUAAAGAUUACUUCAGGUAGCAUUUCUCCUUUUAUCUACUAUAUUGUCCUACUUUCCUGUGGCAAUAAAAGGACAGUUAGUGGAUGCUCUUGUCCAUAUAUUCAAUAAAUAAGCAUAUUUUCAGGGAGAUUUACUUAAAAUAAUGUGCUUCCAAGUAAUUAUCAGUCACUCCAUUGAACCUCCAUUUCUUGUGACUCUAAUCCAUUCUGAAGAUGUCUGCUCUGAAGGGUCUGCUCAUUUGCAUGGGCCAUCCUGUGUCCAUCACCUGACAAGCAGUGUUGCGGAUCGUGGAGACCACAGAGGGCUCUGGAUGUGUGUUCUCACAUUGUUACCAUCCUGCUGAAAUGAAAGCACUGAUAAACUGGUCUGCAUGUGGGAUUGUUUUUCUGUGUUUAACCUUUUCUUUUAUUUUUUAACUAUCUACUUGUUUAUAAACGACUUUAUUUUGUGAUUAACUUAUUUCGGUACUGGAUUGCUGUAUCAGAGUUCUGAAUGUCUCCGGUUGUUUGCACACAGAUAACUGCAAAGAGGUUGUCAUUACUGGUUACACGCAAGCAGAAGCCAGAUCUCUUUCUUAAUGGCUUGGGGAAGGCACAAAACAUGCAAGAAAGGUAAACGCCAUCCAGACUUGCAAUUUUAAGCUAGCAAGUGCUGCUUGGUACUGUAGUAUUUUCUCUACUCCAGGGUUCUUCAACAUUUUCAGAAGCUGAGUACCAAGUAAACUUGAAAUAAUUUUUUGGGGGCUUUUUUUUACCAUUGUAAGAGGGUAGUAGUUCUCAAGUCGGGUUUUUGACCAGCCUUAUACCUCUGGCUAGUGGGCCUCAGAAAUUUCUUCAGUCAAUGUUUUUUGAGGUGCUUUGUCCUGUGUGUUGUUUGUCUGUCUGUUUUGCAACCUGUCUCCUUGUAUUCUCCAUCUGUCUCCAUAAAGCACAGAGAUUCUGUUAAAAUGCCCCCCUCUUUUAAGUUGAACUAAGAACACUUUUUUCUCCUUUUCUCUUUUUUUCAUAUGCACUAUACAUCCAUGUGUAAAUAGAAAUAUACAUAUUUUUCAAGUGCAGUUAGUAUCAUCUAGACUAACUCGUGUGCACUCCUAAGGUUUUUUGAGCAGCUUUUCAGCACUGACCGGUUGCCUAUUGCAUCAAUCUUCCUCCCAGCAACCAGCAUUCAUUACAAUUUUGAAACUGUAUCUCCUCUAGUGGCUUUUUCAUUCAAUACUAACCUCUGUUUAUGCAACAGGACAAAUGCAAUGGCAAAUUUGAGGUUCUGGGCUGGUGAGGAAAAAUUACCCUUAAACUGUAGAGUUUUAGAAGACCAUAAUGACUGAAAUCUUCUUAAGUGAUCCUUGAAGUUGUUGAAUAAUACCUGACUGUCAUGUUUUACUUUUUUGUUAGGAAAAGAAAUUAAAUUUAUUGUUGACCAUGUAACAUGUUCUUCUGUAUAUAGCCAAGCCCAAUAGCAUGACCUGCAUGUCAGAAUUCUUGUACAAUAAUGUAGUUAUCAAAGUAUACAUUUCUGAUAUUUAGAGAUGUACAUUGAUUUACUUUUGGUAAAAUAUUGUCAAUAGAGAGAUAAUUGCAAACAGCUUUUAGCAAAUGAAUUAAUAUAAUAUCUGGUGCUGCUGUUAUAUUAACUACAGUGUUGUACAGAAUUUAUCAUGGAUUUUUGACUGCUGAAAAAGGGACAAUGGAAUUUAGCCAUACCAAGGACUGUACUGGAAAGAGACUGCUGCUGCUGAAUGGGCCCUGAUAAACGACUCACACCUUGAGGAGGUCACUGAGACUUUGCGUGCGAAGCAGAGCUUGUUAAAGAAGAUGAAAGACCGCUCAUAAUUACUGCUGCCAGAGGAAGGGGUGACUAGUCACUGUUGAUGAGUCAGUGUAAAUAAAACGUGUGUGCAUGGAAAAUCAGUUUUUAUCUAUAUCAAGGAAAGCUGAAUUCAUGUCAUCAUUGCUAAGGUUCCAUGCAAAGGCCCCCACCCCUGUGUUUAUUAUUCCUGGUUCCUGCAGUAAGCUGUGCUGUGGAUCAUACAAAGACACACGCUUAAUAAUGAUAGUGAUGUAAACUACAUCUGUCUUGACUUCUGUCAUACUAAUGGCAUAUAUUGCAAAAGUCACAAAUUUGAACAGAAUAGGUUUGCAUAAGUCCUUGCUUUCUCAGUUUGCCAUAACCUAAAUUGUUAUGAAUUGUAGUGUACAUGCCAAGUCCUAAGUUUACUUUUCACUUUGAUAACAAAAAUGUGACUGCAGACAAACAUCACUGACUUUGUUCACAGCACACAGUCUUCUUUCAUUGUUACCUCAAACUAUAAGUAUUAUCAGAAAUAAAAUUCUGGCAGCAAGAAUAUUUUGUGUUUUUUUUUUUUUAAUUCAAAGUGUUGCAAACCCAACAUCAAUAAGUAUAAAAAUGUAUUAAAAUUAUAUUCUACAAAUGUAUAUUUUGCAUAAAAUAUAUAUAUUCUUUGAUAAGUUAUUUUCUGUGAUUUUUGUGGUAAAUGGAUCUAGUCUAUUCUAUGUUUAUGAGACAUUGUAGUGCUACGAUGUGGUAAUUAUGUUCUCUCCAUCCUAUUCAGUGGGAAAUUCUCCAGAAUCUGUUUUGUCACCCUGGUGUCCCAAUUGUAGGGACCUGUCCCAGUUGUGAAACUCUGUAUCGUGGAACUUCUGUGAACAUGUCAAGGUGCAUGCACAAUCCUGGUGGAAACCAGUGGAAAUGUAAUACCUGAUUUGGAGAAUAAAAGGCAAAAGACCUGGGGAGGAACUUGGAACAUA